GGGCGCUGCCGCACGCGGGGCUCAGGUGGUGGCGGCGGCCGUUCCUGACUUGCUCUCGCUGCGGCUCCGCCGGCUCCGCCCCGCCUCUGUCUCCGCCGCGCGCGCAGCCGCCGCCCCCGCCUCCCCCGCGCUGUCUGACAGGAGGUGCCAUGGCCUCACGCAAGAGCUCCAGAGGUGCGGGCAGCAGCCCUAGCCCCGGCUCCAAAAGAGAGACUAAGCAUGGAGGAAGCAAGAAUGGAAAGAAAGAAGGCCUCUCUGGAAGCUCAUUUUUCACAUGGUUUAUGGUAAUUGCUUUGCUGGGAGUUUGGACAUCAGUAGCAGUUGUCUGGUUUGAACUUGUAGAUUAUGAAGAAGUUCUAGGCAAGCUUGGCAUAUAUGAUGCUGAUGGAGAUGGAGAUUUUGAUGUGGAAGAUGCUAAAGUAUUGCUAGGCCUUAAAGAAAGAUCUGUCCCAGCACAGCCAACAUCAUCAGAAUCUGUGGACACCAUCCAGCCUGAUGAGAAGUCAUAUGUUGAAUCAGAGCACAAGAAUGCUGACAUAGAAUUGGAAGACGAAAUUCAGUCUGUUUUUCAUGAAGAUCUCCAUUCCCAGCCUGGAGAGAAACAUGAAGAUGUAGAUGAAAGUAUAAAUGACCAGUGGCAAAUGAAGGAAGAAGUAGAGGGAGAAACUUUUGAAGCUCCUACAACAGAGGACUUGCUUAGAGAAUUUGAGAAUGAGCUACCAGAAGCAUAUGAGACAUCAGAUGCAGUUCAGACAGAUGCUGAUCUUUUGGCAGAUGAUCUUGGAGCAAUGGAGCCUGAACCAUACGAACCUGCAGUUUCAUACGAAUAUGAUAUGGAUGUGGAAAAGACAGUAAGUGAUCAAGAAGAUCCAGGUGACUCUGAGCUAACGCUAGAAGAUGCUGUGGAACAUUACACCGAAGACAGAAUUCAUGAUGUCUAUAAUGAAGACUAUGAACUAAAACAUGAAAAACAGACUGAACCUCAGGAUACAGCUCCUGAGGAUCUUCCAGAGGAGUUAAAUGAAGUCACUCAGCCAGAUGAAAUUGUUGAAGAUUUUGAUAUUGAUAAAGAACUGUCAAUAGAAAGUAAACAUAGAGAUGAUGUUGUGGCCACUGAACCAGAGGAAUCAGAAAUGCCGGUUCAAGCUGAGGAUUUUUCAAAUGAUGAUCUAGUGGGAAAAAGUGAAACAGAAACUGAACAAGAGAAAACAGAAAAAGCUAAAAAGAAGAAGAAGCCAAAGCUCUUAAACAAGUUUGAUAAGACCAUUAAAGCUGAACUAGAUGCGGCAGAAAAACUACGUAAAAAAGGAAAAGUUGAAGAAGCUUUAAGGGCCUUUGAAGCGCUAGUGAAUCAAUAUCCACAGAGUCCUCGAGCAAGAUAUGGGAAAGCACAGUCUGAAGAUGACUUAGCUGAGAAAAUGAGAAGUAAUGAGAUGCUGCAAAAAGCUAUUAACACAUAUGAUGAGGUGGUUAGUCUGCCAAACGUCCCUUCAGAUCUGAUAAAACUGAGCUUGAAACGAGAAGCAGACAGGCAGCAGUUUCUUGGUCGUAUGAGGAGUUCCCUGAUUACUCUACAGAAGUUAGUUCAUCUGUUUCCCAGUGAUACUUCAUUCAAGAAUGACCUUGGUGUUGGUUACCUCUUGAUAGGAGAUAACAGCAAUGCCAAGAAAGUAUAUGAAGAGGUUCUAAGCAUGGCUCCAAAUGAUGGCUUUGCCAAAGUGCAUUAUGGCUUCAUCCUGAAGGCAGAAAACAAGAUAGCAGAAAGCAUACCCUAUCUAAAGGAAGGAAUAGAGUCUGGUGACCCUGGCACAAAUGAUGGACGCUUUUAUUUUCAUCUGGGUGAUGCCUUGCAGAGAAUGGGAGACAAAGAGGCGUACACUUGGUAUGAACUUGGAUACCAAAGAGGUCAUUUUGCCUCAAUUUGGCAACGCUCCCUCUACAAUGUCAAGGGACUGAAAGCUCAACCUUGGUGGACAGCAAAGGAAACUGGUUAUGUGGAACUGGUGAAGUCCUUAGAAAAAAAUUGGAAGCUCAUUCGAGAUGAGGGACUUGCUGUAAUGGAUAAAAAAAGAAGUCUUUUCCUGCCUGAAGAUGAGAAUCUACGAGAAAAAGGAGACUGGAGCCAGUUUACCUUAUGGCAACAAGGAAGAAAAAAUGAGAAUGCUUGUAAAAGUGUUCCGAAAACAUGUGCAUUAUUGGAAAGAUUCCCAGAAGCUACUGGUUGCAGAAGAGGGCAGAUCAAGUAUUCCAUCAUGCACCCAGGAACUCAUGUCUGGCCCCACACGGGGCCUACUAAUUGCCGACUAAGGAUGCAUUUGGGCUUGGUGAUACCUAAGGAAGGCUGCAGAAUUCGAUGUGCCCAAGAGAACAGAACCUGGGAAGAAGGGAAAGUUCUUAUUUUUGAUGACUCUUUCGAACAUGAAGUAUGGCAGGAUGCUGAAAAUUAUCGCCUGAUAUUCAUUGUGGAUGUGUGGCACCCUGAGUUAACAGCUCAAGAGAGGCGGACCCUUCCUGCUAUUUAAAGAGUUCCUUCCAAUGUGCGGAGCAGAGGAGCUUUAACUCCUUUGGAGUAUGCAAAUAGGAUUAAUUUAUCCAGCAUACAAAGAGUACAAGUAUUGUAAGGAUUAGAAGGCAUAAAAAUGACAUUCUACAAUCACAGAGGACUUGAUUUUUAAAAAGGAUGAAAAAAACCCAACCCAAAAAAAAGCCAUGUUUUGUUUUGUACUGAUACAGCACUGAUAUAUAUUGUUUUUUUCUGGCUGCAAGUUCAAAAAUACAAAGAACAAUAGGCCUGGAUUUUCAAACUGAGGAAUGUGCAGAUGUUUUUGUUGUGCCUGUAUUAUAUAUACAAAAUCUGUCAGUCAGUCGCUCACCCGCCAAACCAUGUGGAGGCACAAGAUUUGAAAUUCUACAUGUGGGAAAUACUUCCCAGGUUUUUAUCUUGGAAGCGACAUGUAAGAGAUUUACAAAUGUAUGCACACAACCAACUUUGAAAAUCAGGCUGCAGUUGUAACGUUAGCUGCUUUAGGCAUAGAACAUGUCCCUAUGUUAUCGACUCUUGAUAAUGUGAAUGGGUUUUGUGUGUUUUGUAUUUUUUUUCUACCUGAGUAACUGUAUUUUUGUAGCAUAAUUAUGAACAAAUAUUCUUUAGUCAACCACUAUUUUUUAAAAACAAUAUAUAUAAGCACAUCUUUAGCUAUCAGCAGAAGGAAAACACUAUAUAUAAACAGAUUUUGGUUUUGCCAGCUGUAGCCAUCUCUUGCCUUCCUGGAAAUGCAAACGUAAAUUUGCAUAAUCAGCUGCUUAGUGAAGUUUUGUUCUUCUAAAACAAAAUAGUUCUCCUAGUUAGCAGGCAACCUUCUAUUUGAUAAUGUGAUUUUUGGAAGAUGUUAAACAAAAGUGACAUCUGUAGGCUCAGAUCUUGAUGUACUGACAGUUCUUAGGAUUCUGUGGUGAACUCCUGUUUCUCGUAUUGUUACAAAAGUUUGUGUUGUGAUAUCCAUUUUCUACCCAGCAAGACUCCUUCUAAGCUGCCCUUGGGUGGUCAUUCAGCAGAAAAAAAUGAUGAAGAAUUUCUUGUGCUUUGGGAAGAAGGACAUGGUCUAAGAUAGUUACUUGCCAGAAUGCAGAGCAGACAAAAAGCUUCAGGUCAUUAACUUGUGUUAACUUCUGCUGCCAGCAUCCCACAGAGUGCUAGAAUGAUCCUUUAAUUGAUCUAAUGGUGUUUUUUUUGUCUUGAAAUGUAUGACAUAAUGCUGAAAGAGUCUCAUCCCAGCACUGUUUACAGUGUGCUGCAUAUUUGCCAUACAAAAUUCACUAUAUGGGGAAAAGGCCUAUUUUCAGGAAGGAUAACUAGUUGGAUAUUUAAGCAGUUGGCUGAUCUUUUGUGUCUGUGUUGUUUAAUAGGAAAUGGAGGGUGCAGGACCCUCCACUGUUAACUUCUAAGAACACUAACAGGAAAGAGAGACCUGAGGUUGCACUGUUGAUGUUUAUGGCUGGCUGGUACCUAUUCGCCCACAAAACCAGUUGGGUGUGGAGAGGUGUGCUAAGAUGCUCAGGGUUUGUCAAGAGCAGUGGCAUCAUUACCAAGGGUCAUGAGAGACAAACACUAAGCAAGGAGAUGCUGAGGUUACUUAGUCUCCACAGCUUUGGCUUUCUUGUCCAAAAGGCACUGAACAGACAUCUUAUUUGUGUAAUGUUCAGUUGUUUCGUAGUGCAGAGAAGACAUCAUGCUACAUAAGUAUCGUGACCAGAAUGCCAAAAUUGCUGAAACAAAAUACGUAAAAGAGCUCUGCAUUCCCCUAACCUGAAUGCUUUUCAGAUCUUGUAUUUUAUUAAGUAAUUAAAUCUUGUAAUGCCACAUAACACAUGGUGAGUGAACCAUAAAUGAGUGUAACCAGUUUCUGGAAGCGUGCACUUUAAUUUCCUUUUUGACUGUUAAACUGACAAACCUUUUCUGAUCAAGAGUCAGUUUUAGAUAACUGUUAUAAAUAGGCUUUAAUGUGCUGUCCAUAUCAAAAAUAAUACUGAGACUUUACACAAUAUACAAGAAAGUAACAGUUCUCAGUUAAUUAACAUGAAAAUUGAAAAUAUUUUUAAGUUUCACACUUAAGAAUAUACAAGAGAGCUUUAGGUGAAUCACGUGCAAAACUGGAAAUAAGGUACUUGUUAUUGUGGGAGAUGGUAUUUUUUUAAAAAAUCUCCUGGUAAUUGUUUAGUCAGAGGCUGUAUUUUGUAUCUUUUUUAAUUGAUCAAGCAAUACAACUUCUGAACUACUUUGUAGUUCUCUAAAAUGAAGACAUAGUCUGUAGAGAAGAAAUCAAGAACUGUUUAACCCAAAAAUCAUGCUCUAGGAUUAUUUUUAUUAUUACAUUUUAGUUUCUAUGGCCCAGAGUAAGUUCUAAAAGAGUAGUAAAAUCUUUGGAGCUUUUAUUUAUGAAAAUCCAUGCCGUCCUUCAGAUCGUUUCAUUGUUCCUUUGAAGGCUCAUACUUUAUCUUUUCUAAUUGCAAUUGGCAAAUAGAUAAAAGUAAUCUACCCAAGAGGUGUGUGUGCCAGAGUAGCGCGGUUUGUUAAAUUGUGUAAUAAUAUAUUGGCCAUUGGAAAUCUUAAGUGCCUCAAGUAUGACGAGGUGUAUCACGAAUAACUCCUGCAACACUGAAGUGAAUCUACUCAAUGCCUACCUGUCAAGGAGCUGAGAGCAUAUCUUUUUGUCAGGUACAGUUACUGGAUUAGUUAUGUAUGUGAGGAGGGAUAUAUGGCAAACCAUAGAAAUUAUGCAGUGAAUCAGUGGUGUAUUAUUUUAAGUGUCCCUGUUUGCUAACCAAUAUUCCAUCUUGAAAAAGCUUUUGAACAUUGGAAAUGCCAAUGGCAGAAGUGAAUGGAGAUGUUUUUUAAGUGGAGAACCAUUGCAUUUUUUUUCUUUUGAUUUAUUUACCAGAGAGAAAUGACAGAAAAGGGCAAUUAUCAUCAGUUUAUAAGGCAGUACGUAUUCAUCUUGAUGUUAGGAGGUGGAUUCCUCCCUGCCUGUAGUUAUCUUCUUUACAAGCACAGAAUCUGUAUAAGAUCCUACAGUUAGAUACAGGCAUAAUACAGUUAUAUGCAAGGCAUCAUAUGUAUUUAUUCAAAUCACAGCUAAAGAAAAUAAGUAGUUCUAAUCCUCUGUGAGGUUCGAUCCUCAAGGACUAGAUUUCAGUGAUAUUUGCACUUCUUGGGCAAACAAGUCCUACUUGAAUGAAUAGUGAUUGUAACAAAUCAUCACAAAGAUUCAAUGACAGCAGAGAUAAAUGUAUUAACAGAUAAGAAUCAUAAACCAAAGAAUUUCUUCAUUAAUGCUGCAGUAUAAUAGGCAAUGUCUGUCUUUUUUUCUUUUUUUUUCUUUUUUUUUUUUUCUUUUUUUCCUGCCUGUUUGGUUUAAGCAACUUGCUCAAAGCAAGUUCUUUUUGACAUAUUCAAGUGCCUGUGAGUCUUGGUAAGUCUAAGGAAGGGACCUUUGUCUUGCUACCAGGAGUUGUCAUCCUUGUUUUCUGUUAACAGGUGGUAAUGCCAGGGGAGGGGGAACAGAAGUAAUCCCAAAGAUAAAUGGGCUCAGUUAUCUUACUUGUUUAAUGUUCCUGCAAGCUUCUUGUACUUUUUCUGACUCCUUUGUUGUCUUGCUGAGAUCAUCCACUGCCUUAAAGACCCACUGUCUUAAAGACUCACUGUCUAUCAUGGAGGCCAGGCUUUGUAUCAAUGAUGUGCUGCUGCAGAAGGUUAGUCUGAAUAAGGCUGUUCUGUACAAAUACUAGUGGGUAAACCCCAGGUGUUCUGGCAGGAUCUAGUAGGAUGUCCUUUCUGCCCCGUGUAGAGUUAAAAUGCUGCUGUAGAUAAAGUCAGUAUUUUGUUAAUCCGUCUGUUAGGGCUGACUGUGUCCAGUUUAACUAUAUUAUCACUUCUGUGUAUCACUUCUGAGUUCAGUGGGUGUUCCUGAGGCACGUUAAAAUCUCGUGUGCCUAUUAUCAUCUCAUUUUAUAUAUUUGGUUUACACUGCUGCCUUUGAUAUGUUUUUCCCAACCGCUUGUUCUAGUAAAUUGUUAGUGUAUGGAAAUUUAAUUGAAGACUAAAGGUGUGUACAGUGGUUGUAGCCAUUAUAGGAAAUAAAGUCACUGCACGUGCAAUUUGAUAAUGAUUUUUCUUUUAUUUCCUUAAUCUGGUUUCCAUUUCAAUGAAAGGAUGGGACUCUCUUUGCAGCUAGAGCAAAUAGAGAAAUAACAAACUGAUCUUUGGCAUUUCAGUUCUUCUACACUUUCACGUUUGCUUCAAGCAGAAGCUUGUACUCAGUAAUUAAUUAUAAGUUUUACUUUUUCAUUGUAACUGUGGCACGCAUCUGCAGUCAGCGUACCCUUCUGCCUACACUUUUCACUGACUGCAGGAGGGAAGGGGGUUAAUGGUUCCACAGAGCUUUCAGUUUGUAGUCGUUUGCCUAAAUGAAACAAUCUAGAUUGAACCACUAAUCACCGGUGAAUGUGUCUAAUGGGUCUCCCCCGCACCGCACCCCUUCCUUCACAUGCACGGGCACAUGGUAUCUCACAGGCUUCGGUGUUGCCUGUGAAAAACACAUCGUUAAAAAUAAAUAAUCACAUUUCAAAUCGUAUGCGUCUGCCUCCCACACGGCUCGUUCCAGUUAGCUGACAGUCUUAUAAGGGAUUCAAAGGUUAAGAAUAUUUUUUGCUAGAUACUGAAAUGUGACCCUGUCUAAGCAGCAUGGAUGAGGCAGUCACAGAGUUUCAUGUUGAAUGGCAUUAUGCUGGCACUGUUCUGGAGUUUUUUUCUUUUCUUUUUUUAAUGCAAAAACCUUCUUUAAAACUUGAGCACUGUGUAGAUGCUGCUGUUUCUGCCCUCCAAGCCAGAUUAAACUGCUGAUUACAUUACACAGUUUAUAUUUGAGAUGCUUUUCUUUAAAACACACUUAACCUUUGUUUCUGUAAAACUGAGCAAACCUUGCUGGAGUCUUCAGGAAAAAUACUGACACAUCCUGGUUUCUUUAAGCAGAGAGUGCAGUCCCAUC